GCACGGUCGUACGGUUCGGUUCGCCUCCCAAGUAACGGGAUAUAUAGCACUGCCAAGCUUUGAAAGCGUCGUGUUUGUUGUUUGCGAGCGCGCGUGUUCGUGCGAGUGUGAGUGUGCUGCUGCUGUUGUUCUUGUUGUUGCGGCGACCCCACGCGCAACGAAAGCGAAAGUUUUGUUUGGCGCGCGUGUUGCCAUUGCCGUCGACGUCGACGUCGCAGUCAACGUUCCUCGGCGUCUAUGAAUUUGCACACACACCUCUACCCAGCUCUAGUCCGUGCUCGUGCACAUCCCACCUAGAAUAGAUUAAAAGCGUGUGAAAACAACAACGAAAGCGCGCCAGGGGCAGAGAGAGAGAGAGAUAGAGAGCGAGAAAUAUGCUCAUUAUUUUCAAUGAGGGUGCAAUAAAUUAAAAGAAGCGUGUUUAUGCUGCCAUUCUGAUCUGUUUCUGUGUCUGUGUCUUUGUCUUUGUGUGUGUGUUUGAGUGCGCUCCCAAAAAGAGUUUAGCCAACCGGAAGAACAACAAACCAACAAAUCAACAUCCCCAUCAUUCCUACCGCAUUUCCUGGAACGCUCAUACGAAGCGUGUUAGCCACCCAAAGAAAUGGCACCCACCAUAUGCUCGGACAAAAAACCGCUGCGAGAUUCGAGGCGACAUCGUGUCGUGGCAACGGCAGCCAUUUCAUCAGCCGCCACCACCGCAUCAUCAUCAUACACGUCGUCGUCAUCCUUGCCAGCAGCUGCUGCCGCACGAGGCAGCUCAGUGCUUAGCUAUGUAACCGAUGGUUCAAUGAACUCGGCGGGUCGCCGACGCCUGGUCAGACUGCACCGCCGAAGACUGCCACUGAUCUUAGGCAGUGCUGCUGUACCGUCGUCCCCACGGAGUGGCACACAGGCGGAGGUCAGCAGGAGAGCGGCAAUACAGACAGAGAUGCAAUCAGCGCGGGGCCAAAUCGAGUCAGCAGAACACCAGACUGCACAUCCACAUCCACAUCCACUGCAACUGCAACUGCAACAACAGCAACAUUCCAUCAGCGAGUCUAUCAAAACAGUAUUACAGCCUACCAUGGCUAACAGCAGUAACAGCUUCAGUUUUAGAGGAGCACCAACAGCCAGACAUUGUGUAUUAGCUGAGUCAAUGGACGACGAUGGCGACAGUGGCUACGAGUACUCGCAGGAGCCCACCAAGGAGCAGCAGCAUAGCUACCAUCUUCAGAACACCGACGGUCUGCUCUCUAUUGCCAUCAAGACCAUCAAGUUGGUGCAGCGUAACAAGCUGCUGCAGAAGCGUCUGGCACAGCUGCAGCUGGAGACAUCGGAGUUCAUUGCCUCGGUGUUGGCCAAUCCCGAGAAUCGGCAGUACCGCGAGAAGAUCACCACCAACACCGCCCCCCCCAAGACGGAAGCCAAGGUCAGCAACAUGCUGCUGCGCCACUAGACAGGGCCCUUGCCUAACCAUUUUAUUUUUUUUUAUUUUGGUUUGUUUUUUAGAACCCAUGCCCCGUUUUCGGCUGACGCUGGACGCCAAUUGCAAUUUCAUAGGAAUCCAUCUAUCUAUUCUUCCAAGACAAAAUCACAUCUCUAGCAAAGCGCGCAUUGAAUUAAUAUUUUAAUCUAUUAAGGUCCCAACACGGCCCGUUUUCAUAGUCAGCUCAUUACACUGUUUGUUGUUCUCAUGACGAAUCGAGUGGCUGCACCACCCACUAGCGGAACGGAAUCUAAGAGCGGGCGAAUCUCUUCAAUCUCUUCUAUUCGCGCGCGCUUUUUUGAAAUUUUGUUGUAUUCUCAUAUAUUUUUAAUUUCGUGAUUUUCAACACUGCACUGAAAUUAUGAUCAUUCGUUGCAUACUUUUGGGCGGAUUGAGUUUAAAACUCAUUUUGCUGAAUUUGUUUGAAUAUAUAUUUUAAUUAAACAUCUUAUCUGUCAUAAACGCUACUGCCACACUGCAUCUAAAACCUUUAUCCUAUGGAAUUGCAAUUAGCAAGAUAUCAAUUCGUAUUCCCAAGGGACUUAGUUUUGAGCAAUUCGUACUGAUUAUCUUUAUAAAACCACGCAUCAAAAUCCAAUAUUUUGAGCAUACAAUUAAACAAAAGAUCAACAAAAAAAACUACGUCUAACAUAUACAUACAUACAUACACAAGAAAAUAAUAUUUAUAAAAAUCCAUGAAAAGUCUAACAAAAAAAUCUAUCUUUAUCCGUAGAAUGCUAAGUACUUUUUAUGUUAAACAUUUUUUACAUUCAAGAAAUAAUUUAUAAUACAUUUAAUUACUAUAUUUAGUAUUUACCAGGCAUAAUCAUUGAAAACCCAAAACGCUUUUGGCACUAUACAACAAAAAUAGAAUAAUUCUACGUGAAACACGAUUGAGAUGUAAAGCAAUUGGUUUAGACAAAAACAAAGCAAGCCGCUAUACGUAAUAGAUCUCCGAUAUCGAAGGCCCCCAAAACGAUGCUACCUAUAGAUACGGAGGAGUUAUCAGAAUGCAAUGCAAAUCAAAGUAAAACCAAAUUUUAUGCUAAAGACGAAGCUAAUUGUUCCAAUUCUAAACUAAACAUACAAAAUUAUGUGUAUCAUCUCCUUACUCUCUACAUAGAUCGUAGUAAUAAGUAUUUCAUUGACAUUUUCUACCGUACAAUAAUGGCUGAGAUAUCAAAUCAUUUAAAAGAGAUCGGAUUGCUACAAAAUAACUAUAUCAUCAAUAAAAUUAGUGACAAAUAAAAACAUAAA